UACCUAAAAGGCAAGCAUGGACCGCUGUUUCUAGUUUACAGACAGUCUGAUGAUGAAAUAUCUCUGGAUAAACUGAUGAUCAAACCUCGCCUUCCUGUUAGAAAACCCCUUGGGACAACUGGCGCUGCGAUUUAGACCAAUCGGCUUGUCUGAGGGGAAAAAUACGAGAACGGGCUACAAUAUAGGAGUGAGCAUCGCGCUUGGUUGCGCAAAGAGAAAACGUAGCUGCGACACUGGCGAGGCGAAGGCGCGACUACGGCCGAGAGGAUGCAGUGAAGAGGCUUCGUUUUGCCAGGUAAAUACAGCCGGACGUCAGGGCAGCUACAAUCAAAUAACGACGAAAAUGAGCGUGAUCCAGGCUGGGCUCGACACCAGCAGUACCAGGGUGGACGGUGGGAGAGGCAGCCUCAACGACAGCGGCGGCGGGUCCCCCAGGCUCCAGCAGUGCGCUCAGCCUCCCAACAGCAGCAGCCGGACCAAAGAUGCCAGAUACCAGCAGCAGCAGCUCCAACAACAGCAGCUCCUGCAGCAGAGGCAUCAUGGUGGGUCCAUGCUCAAACAACCAUCCCACAACGAGCCGGCCGAUGUCGUCAGACGGGCGCUGGACUUCAAGAGCCAAGGCACCCAGUGUUACAAGGAUAAGAAGUACCGAGAGGCGAUCGGCAAGUACCACCGCGCUCUGCUGGAGAUCAAGGGGCUGUGCAGGGUGUUGGGAGACCCGGACACAAGCUCCAAGUCCCCCUCUUCCCUCCUGCCGACCAUCAGUAAGUCCACUACGCUGACAGACGAACAGAAGGGGGCCAUGGAGAAUGCGGAGUUGGAGUGUUACAACAGCCUGGCAGCCUGUCUCUUGCAAAUGGAGCUGGUGAACUAUGAGCGAGUAAAGGAGUAUUGUCUGAAAGUGCUUCUCAAAGAAGGAAAGAACUUCAAAGCUUUGUACCGAUCCGGCGUGGCCUAUUACCACCUAGGAGACUUCCAGAAGGCCCUGUAUUACCUGAAGGAGUCACACAAGCAGGAACCGUCAGACACCAAUGUCAUCCGCUAUAUCCAGCUGACAGAGAUGAAGAUUCGCCGGAAUGCCCAAAGGGAAAAGAAGGAGGCGACAUAAGUGCUCGCUGUCUAAUGACUCCUUACCCGUCAUAAAUUUCAGCCCCUCUGUGUGCCACCUAGACUUUACACACAGUGAGUCAGAGGUCUUGGUGUGAAACAAUGUAUGUUUACUUUUGCCUUGCACAGCAUCUGGUUGCCAGUUACGUAAUUGAACUUCACCAUUGUGUGCUUGAAGCUUUUUUUUUUUACAUUUUUUUUUUUUAUUAUUAUUGUGCCAGAAUUUCUGUUUUCCCAGUGGCCAAACUUAUCUAGUAUGAAUCCAUCCAGGGUAUGAGUUAACCAUUAUAAACUGAUGCACUGCCAGUCAAAACAUUGCACAUACAGGCCAACACUUGUGAUAGAGACAGGAGCAACAAGGUCUUUAGAGUCAAUCCAGUGUGUUUGCAAGUGAGUGUAACUGUAAAUUAGCACCUGCCCUCGCACAAGAUGUCUUUUGAAUGGCACAGAGCACAUGAGUAACAACCACCUACACUUCUGUUACCAUACUUCAGUUUUUGAAAGUGUUCUAAAAGAUCAAGACUUUUUAUACUCUCAGUUAUAUCUGAACAAACGGUGCUUUCAGUCAGUGAACUCAAGUGUGUGAGCAGGACAUCAUAAGCACAUGGUUGCUAAUUGCAGUAUGAACUAAAGAGACAUAUCACAACAUGUAAAUAGGCUACUUUAUAGAAAUAUAAAUGGAGGGGCAAGCUAUUUGUGUCUUGUUUAUUAAUGCGGAAACAAAGCACUUCAUGCGCUGCAUUUAAUGUAUCAACAAAUACUGUAUGUUGAAGUUUACUGUAAAGGUAUGUGUGUAAUAAAUAUGUCUAUUGAUUGAAAUAUA